AUUGUUAUUUUAAUAGCAGCCUCACACUAUAUACAUGUAUGCUGAGUUGCAAACCAAACAAACAUCCCAGAGUCCCAGGAGCAUUGUCGUAAAGACAUCAUGGUGAACAUGGAAGCUAAAACUCAUGUUUCACCACCUCAACAAACACAACCACUUAGCCCUUCCAUGAAAAGAACCCUACUCAUAAUCAACUGCAUAGUUCUUUCCAUCGGAAACUGCGGCGGUCCCCUCAUCAUGCGCCUCUAUUUCAUCCACGGAGGCGAAAGAAUCUGGCUCUCAAGCUUUCUCGAAACCGCUGCCUGGCCCUUUAUUCUCAUCAUUCUCCUCGUCGCCUUCUACUACCAGCGCACCACUACUGGAAACUCCACCCCCAAGCUCUUCAACAUGAAACCGCGCUUGUUCUUCGCCUCUGCUGUCAUCGGAAUCCUCACCGGUCUCGAUGACUAUCUCUUUGCAUACGGCAUAGCAAAACUGCCCGUCUCCACUGCAGCAAUAGUCAUUGCGUCGCAGCUCGGUUUCACUGCAGCUUUUGCAUUUCUACUGGUGAAGCAAAAGUUCACAUCAUUUUCGAUCAAUGCCAUUGUUUUGCUAACUCUCGGAGCUGGAGUCCUCGCAUUACAUUCAAGCAGCGAUAGACCAGAAGGAGAGUCGAAGAAGGAAUACAUUUUAGGCUUCGUGUUGACGCUUGCCGCCGCGGCCUUGUACGGAUUUAUACUGCCGUUGGUAGAGUUGACGUAUCAGAAGGCAAGGCAGGCGAUCGAUUACAUGUUGGUGAUGGAGAUUCAGAUGGUCAUGUGCUUGUUCGCUACUCUUUUUUGCACUGUGGGGAUGUUUAUCAACAAUGACUUUCAGGCAAUAGCAAGAGAAGCGAGAAAUUUUGAACUAGGAGAAACAAAGUACUAUGUAGUGUUGGUUUGCAGUGGAUUGAUAUGGCAGUGUUUCUUUCUGGGAGCCAUCGGAGUUAUUUUUUGCUCCUCGUCUUUGUUAUCCGGCAUUAUCAUAACCGUGUUGCUUCCCGUCACAGAAGUUUUGGCCGUUAUUUUUUACCAAGAGAAAUUUCAAGCGGAGAAAGGAGUGGCUCUUGUUCUUUCUCUCUGGGGUUUUGUUUCUUACUUUUACGGCGAAAUUAAACAGAGCAGAAAAUUGGAAAAGAAUCGGCGAGCAGCUGAAAUGGAGCUGCCCCUCAAUCAGAUUGUAGCUUCAUAAACAUGUAUUAGAUAAAAUGUCGAGUAGUAGUAUAUUACUGUGUCUUGUAAUAUUGUGGUUUCAACUCAAGUCCUUUGUUGAGAUGGAACUCUGUUAUAUGCGAGACAAGAUGGUGCAAGUGCAAUUUGUAUGGUUUGCACAGAACAUGAAAACAAUUUCCUA